AUGUUCAAUAAAGAUUAUUUAUCCAACUUACUAUACUUCCAACGAUUAAAAAAUAUCACCUCUGAAAAAGAUUACGAACCCAUACUGCAGAGUUUUCUCCAAUAAGCCAAAAUUCACUAUUUGCCUAAAGAUAGAUUUGUGUUCAAAUACAAACUCAAAAUUGAUUACUUCCUCAUUCUACUUAAAGGCAGAUGUCUCAAAUUAAUACCAAAAUCUCAUGAUUAACUUACAUAGGAGAUCAAAGAAUUAGAAUUGAGAUUUCCAGGUAUUCAGAGAUUGCCUUAAAAUUUCCAUCUAAAUCCUACUACCAAAACACUCUCUUUCAGAGGCAAAGAAAAUUAUCCAAAAGAAAAUCUAGUUAUCUUAUAAGAUUAGUUAAAUCAAUUAAACAUCCAAUCCUUCCAGAUGUUGAGUCUAAUGGCACAUCUCAUUGAAGGACAUGUGGUUCGAUUUCAAAGUGCCCAUAUCAUCAGUGAGGAUGAUGCUCUUAUAGAAUCCAUUACUAAAAAUGCUCAAUGCACCAUCAUUACCUUGGAUAACUGUGAGUUCCUACAAUUGUAGGUCUAACAAUAUUUGGAAAUCAUUGAGACCUCCAAAAGAAGGAAGAAUGAGAAAAUCGAAUUUCUGAUGUGCCGAGCAUUUCAAGAUGGGAUCAAGUAUCCUGAUUUCAAACGAGUUCUCCAGGAACUGAUCAAUUCUUCAGAAAGAGUCAAGUUAUGCAAUCACCAAAAUCUCUAUUCCUUCGAGAUGCAAUCUCAUUAUGUGUAUUUGAUCUUAAAAGGAGAAUUCUACGUUUCCUACAGCAGUCAUAACAAUAACUUUGAAGUUCAAUGUUGUGGUAGUGAUACUCAAUAUGAUAGAUUCAGGAAAACUCUGAGACACGAUCAAAAACAAGUCAAACAGUUAGUUCGCUAUCCAAUUCAAAUCAAUGAAAGCACAUUCGAACUCCUUAAGUAGGCAAACAAAUUUUCUACUAGAGAGUACAUUCUAUUGAAAUUGGGACCUGGAUAAUUGUUAGGCGAAGAAGAUUUCAAUCACGAUUGUUUCAAUAACGUCUAUCAUUCAUUUAAUUGUUCAUGUGUUAGUGCCAAGGGAAGUGUUCUAGCCAUUAAGAAGGUCGACAUCUAUCGUAUUUGUAUUGUUAAUGAUUGGUUUGCCAAGCUUUUUCAUAAGAGAUGCGAAAUGAAGCGAAAAUGGCUCUAGGAAAGAUUUGAAAAUCAUUUGAACAAAAACAUAUAGAAUGAAAUUAUGAAAAAAACUAUCCAACCUGAAAAAACUCAAAGAGUAGAUGAUUCCUUAUUCCUAAGACUCAAAUUCCUUGAUGAAGAAGCCACCAAACACAAAAGCACCAAAAUCUAGAAAUCUCAAAUCUCUCCAGAAAGAGAUCUUACAACUCGUUGUAAUUAAAGAAAAUUGGCACUAAAAAAACUCAUUGAACACAAUAGAAAAUCUAAUCCUAACAAUGAUCCAAACUGUAUUGGAAUGAUUUAAUAUCUAAUUAAACUUGAUCGGCAUAAAUAAAUGCUCCUUCAACAUUCAAUACGAUUAGCAAUAGGAUCAUAAAUGAAUAAGCAAAGAAAUUCCUCCCAACACACUUAAGCUAAUGACUAAUCGAUUAGUAAAUCGAGAAUAUCACCUCAACGCACAUAUUCUUUUAGAUUAGGAAGAAGUAAUUCAAUGAUUAGUAGUGUUAUUAAUUAUAAAAAAUGA